AUGGAUCGUACAACUUUUAUGGACGGCUUAAGAGCCUUCCAUGAAAGCCAGGGUCGGGCAUUUAGACCCCAAAAGGUGUCAGGACACACAUUAGAUCCUUACAGAAUGUUCUUGAUGAUAGUCGCAAGAGGUGGGUAUUCUAGAGUGAACAAGAACUCCAGAUGGUUUGUUUUUGGGAAGCCAAUGGGGAUUGAAAUUCCAGAAGGGAAGCAACAGGAAGUUGGAUUUGGUAUCAAGAAUUAUUAUUUGAACUGGUUAAGGGAGUAUGAAAAGGCUUUGGAUGAUAGUACAAAACUUGCAAUGGCAGCCGAAUUUGCUGCAAAUAAUCCAGAUUUGGUUCCAAAUCCUGGCCUUGCUUUGUCUUACUAUACUCAAACUCCUUCUAAUACAAAUGAAGAAGCCCCUUUAACUCGUUCUGCUGCAGCCUCACUUUCUAGAACUAAAGGAGGAAGGGUUAGUGAGCAAAUUGAGAGUUCCAGUGCUGACAAGAUUCAGGAAAUUCCAGACCCUUCACAAAUUAUUGACUCUUCCGAUGCUUUCUAUGUAAUUCCUUGUGAAAGUAAUUGUGUACAUAACAAAAAAAGUACUUCAAAUCUUACAAUAUACGACUUGGACGAGCCUUAUGUUCCGAAAUACCCUAUUACAGACGAUGUAUGGUACCUGAUGGCACAUUUUAGGAAACCAAAUUCAAAUAUGGAGGACAAAAUCCAGAUAAUUAACAAUCUAAUGGCUAUUGCAGCCAAUGAAAAACUUAACCUAAGCAGCUUCCCAUCCAUAUUAAAUGAUUUUUCAGAGAUUAUGACUAUCUGUACAUUUUCUAUUGACUCUCUUAUACUUAAAAAGGAGGAGCUUCAAAAUGAGAAUCUUCUCGAUAUUGAUCAGCUGAAAAUCAUCAUUGAAAGAAGAGUUUGUCUUUUGGAUAUUGAUUUAAUUCAGAAACAUCUUUUGGCUUCAUCAUCCAGCCUAGUUUCACUAAUUCUCAACAAAAAAGAAAACUUAGACUUCAUUUGCGAUAUUAGUACCAACUCAAAUAUCAACAAAAACUUUCCUAGAAUUUCAACACAUCUCUCUAACCAAGUUGAAAAUGACCAAGAGGGAGUGAAUCAAGGUGGAAACCCCUUCAAGAUGAGUGAUUAUUCGAAUUUUUCAGGUAAUGACUCUUUGAAUCACUCUAAUACAUUGAAAUCUUGUUAUUUGAAGGAUCCUGAGGCCAUUAAGUCUCUAGAACAAAUAAGUAACUUCUAUUCUGAACACUUUAAACAAAAAAAGGAUUUAAGUGUAAUUCACUUGAAGGCUCUUUUGACUGCACUACUGACAGUAUUCAGAACCAGCUCUGGAAUAAUCUUUUCAUACGAGAAAAAGUUUCAUUGUAAAGUUCUUCCCUUGGUCUUAAAAUCUUACCAUUAUCUCCAAGAACCAAAUCUUCCCACUGAGAAAAUAAUACUAAAGCUUAACAAUAACUCCAAUGAUUUUACCAUAAACUCAGGUCCUCAGAUAGAUUCCAAAUCGGAUAAAAAAAAAAAUAGUUGUAAUUAUGAUGAUUAUUUUAGCUUAAACAAGGAAAAUGAGGCUUAUUCAGUUAAUGAAAUCAGUUUAAAUACUGAGAUAAGUAGAGAAACUAAGCCUUGGAAACCUCCAGACCCCGAUUUACUUGAACAAGUUUUAGAUUACUUAAAUUCUGAAACUAUGAGUAUUUGGACUGCUUUGUCUUCAACAAUAAAUUCUUUCAACCAGCUCAUUCCUGUUGUUUUUGAUGAAGGGCUUGAUGAAAUAAUGGGUCUUGUAAAUAACUUUAUAAUGGAGAUUUUCAGAUCUUGUAGGACAUGUUGUCAGUUUUCAAUCCCAUCAUUGGCAAAUUGUAUGAGAGAAGUUAGGGAGAAUUCUUGUCUGCUUCCUUGUUUAAUAUAUAAUAAAGAAGGAAUUCAAUUUCUGUCUGAUACAUUAGAAUUUGGAUGUAAUGUAAUCCUUAAUAUUACUUCAGUAACAGCUCAAAGCAAGGUUAAAUGCAACCAAAAGCUUCUUAACUCUUUCUUUCAAACAAUAUUAAAGUUGUCAUCAACAUGUAUCGGAUUUUACUCGUUCCUCAAGGACGAAGAAAACUUUAAAUCUGGUAUGUUUUGUUCAAAUAUUAAAUCUAUUAAAAGCUUGUAUGAGGAAUUGGUGCUACCAAUUUCUCUAGCAACAUUGACUACAAUUUCAGAAAAUGUUUCCUUUGGGAGAAUUUUCCAGUCUUUUUCUAGUCUAAACUAUCACUAUCUUCAUCACCACACCCAGUUCACUCAAUCGUUGAUUGAAAACCAGCCAAACAACCAAACAAUCAAUCAGGAGAUUCUGAAUAUGAGUGAUAAUAAUGACUCAUUUGUUAAAGACCAAAUCCUGAUUCUUUGGGGAAGAGAAACUAUUGGUCCUGUUUUUGAGCUGCUUAAAUCAGAAUUGGAUGACUUUGUUAAUAAUAAAAAGGAGCAAAUCCCCGUUUCGUGUUUAAUGCUUUCUCAGUAUAUUAUUUAUAUAUCAUCAGAAUUAAUGUCAUGGAAAAAUUCACAGGACCCCAACUUACAGAAAUUACACUGUAAAUCUUCUAGAGAAAUUGCAAUCGGAAUUCUGUCUCCUUUCAUCGAUGUCUUAAUUGAACUGGCUUGGAUUCCCUCAACUUUUAGAAACCUUUUCUGGUCUAUAAUUUCAGAACUCUCCAACUUUGGAGUUUCUAACCCUUCUGUAACCUUAGGUAUCACUAAGUUCACAGUCCAAAGUCAUUCUGGCUACUCAGGAUCCAAUCUACAGAUUGACUAA